AAAUAAAGUCAUAACAAAAACACGUUGUUUUGAUGAUUAUCGUGUGAGGUUUUAUUACUGAUAUUUUACUGAAUUCAUGGUGUUUUAAUUAAUAAAUGAAUUAGUAAACAUGGGGAAAGGACGCUAUAACGCUAAAGCUCGCCAAGUCGUGAAGACUGACAUAGAUAAUUCGAAAACUAGUGAGAUUCAAUUAGAAUUCGCCACCAAUGAAUAUGGAGCUACAGACUCGACCAAUUUACUGGCUUUACCGUCAAAGAAACGCGACACUAAGAUUGUCAAAGAAAAGAAAGAAAAAACUAGAUUUCUUUCAAAAGCCCAAAGGAAAAGAUUAGAAAAGAUUGUUGAAAAGAAAAAGAAGAAAGAAAAUAGGGCAUCUCUCCUUGAAUCUCUGUCACAAGUGCAAGCGUCUGCCGAGGAAGUGCAGCAGUUGACGGGCAUAUCUGCUGUCCAGACCAUUGGGCUGAGGAAGCUCAAUGAGCUGAACUCCGAGCUGACUACACAAACAGUUAGUGAGGAAACUGAGAAUAAGAAGUUUAGUAGUAUCGCUGGUGCCAAGAAACGUCUUCGACUGUUAAAAAUGGAUAAUGCAGAGAAAAUUAAAAAGAAAAAGUAUGAUCCUAACGUAGUUGGACUGGAAGAGUCUUCGGAAGACAGCAGCUCGGAAUCUGAAGAGGAAAACGAUGAUAAUGAUGAUGAGGAACCAGAAAUUAUCAACGGACAUGAUGACAAAGAAAAAGAGACUCCAAAACCAGUUGAUAAGGUUGAUAUUACUGUGGCAGAUACAAAUGAUUCUAAAGCAGAAAAAACAAUAGAAAUUCCAGAUGAUAAGAAAGAAAAUGUAAAGAAAAAUAAUAAAAAAGAAAUUAAAGUUGAGAAGAAACCGUUGCUUGAGCAUCCUACGGUACAUGUGGAAGUGAAAAGAGACCCUAAGAUUCAGGUGGCAAGGUUGAAAUUGCCUAUACUGGGCGAAGAACAGAGGAUUAUGGAAUUGAUCAAUGAGAAUGAAUUCCUUAUUGUUGCUGGUGAAACAGGCAGCGGUAAAACAACCCAGAUUCCUCAGUUUCUCUACGAAGCUGGUUAUGCAGAACACAAAAUGAUAGCCGUCACGGAGCCCCGUAGGGUGGCCACCGUGGCUAUGGCCGCCCGAGUCGGGUAUGAACUCGGACUGACCAGUAAAGAAGUCUCCUACCUCAUGAGGUUUGAAGGCAACGUUACUAAGGACACGAAGAUCAAGUUUAUGACUGAUGGUGUACUCCUCAAAGAAAUUCAAUCCGACUUCCUGCUCAGCAAAUAUUCAGUAGUCAUCAUAGACGAAGCCCACGAAAGGAGCGUGUAUACAGACAUUUUAUUAGGUCUGCUGUCGAGGAUAGUUCCUUUGAGGAGGAAACGAGGAUCUCCCCUACGGCUCAUCAUCAUGUCUGCCACGCUUAGAGUCGAAGACUUUACGGAAAAUACUAGGUUGUUCAAAGAUCCACCGCCGGUUAUAAAGAUAGACUCGCGCCAGUUUCCAGUGACGACGCAUUUCAACAAGAACACAAACAGUGAUUAUUUGAAGGAAGCGUAUAAGAAGACUGUCAAAAUACACACUCGGUUGCCAGAAGGAGGUAUAUUGAUAUUCGUGACUGGACAGCAAGAGGUGCACUACCUAGUCAAAAAGCUAAAGGCUGCCUUCCCUUACCGUAAAGACGUGGAUUACACGAAGCUGAUCACCAAGAACAAGCCGGUGUCCGACGCUGAUGCUGCACUGGACUCCGAACCUGAGGAUAUUGAGUCUGAUGAUGAUGAGGUGGAGCGAGAAAUGAAACGCGCCCGCAAAGCUCGUAGGAAGGCUAAGCAGAAGUCUAAGACUUUACCAAAGAUCAACCUGGAUGACUAUGACAUGCCCGAGGAUGAUGGCCAGGCCGACCUGGUGGAUGAUGAGGAUAGCGAGGGACAUCUUAGUGAUUCAGACGCUGAAGAAGACUCCCUAGCACCGUCCAUCAAGUCCUGUCGCCAACCACUAUGGGUGCUACCUCUGUACUCAAUGCUGAACCAAAAUAAACAAGCCCGGGUAUUCAACCCCGCACCGGCCGGAGCGAGGCUCUGUGUUGUUAGUACUGAUGUAGCUGAGACCUCAAUCACUAUACCCUCAAUCAGAUACGUUGUGGAUACUGGCAAGAAGAAGAUGCGAGUAUACGACCAUACAACAGGGGCGAGUGCGUGGCGCGUAGUAUGGACAUCCCAGGCCAGUGCGGAGCAACGCUCGGGGCGCGCCGGACGAGUGUCCAGUGGACAUACGUACCGGUUAUACAGUAGCGCAGUGUUCCAACACGAGUGUCCUGAACAACACCCCCCUGACUUAUGUAGGAGGCCUGUCGAUGAUCUAGUGUUGACGAUGAAGUGUAUGGGGAUUGAUAAGGUAGUAAACUUCCCGUUCCCGACGGCCCCCGAUAGAAUGCAGCUCCGCCUGGCUGAGAAGCGGCUGGAGGCACUCGGUAUACUGGAGAAACCACCGAUGAAGAACAUCAGGAAAGAUGAUGAAGAGGUAUUAAAAGUGACUCCGCUAGGUAAGGCAGUGUCUGCCUUCCCCCUGUUACCUCGCUACGGCAAGAUGUUAGCGCUCAGUCACCAACAGAACCUGCUACCCUUCACUAUAGCGCUGGUAUCUGCACUCACUGUGCCAGAGGUAAUGACAGGCAAACCAGACAGUUGGCCCGCGACCGGCAACGUGCUGCUACUGGGCGACCCUGGAGUGUUGCUCCGAGCUAUAGGCGCUGCUGAAUAUGCCUACGUUAAGGGGGAAGAGGAGAUCUUCUGCGCUAAAUAUGGACUUAGAGAAAAGGCUAUAAAAGAAAUACGCAAGCUUCGUAAGCAGCUCACUUCAGAGAUCAACCUCAGUGUGGCCGGGGUCAAUGUGGCGGUGGACCCCGAGAUGAAGCCCCCCAAUGAUAACCAAGCGAGGCUGUUGAGGCAAUUGGUACUCAGCGGUUUGGGAGACCAGGUCGGCAAGAAAAUAGCUCUUGAUGAGGUUAAACAAGGAGAAGACAAAAGAAAGUUCAAAUACGCGUACCACUGCGGCGAAUUAGAAGAGCCAGUCCAUUUGCACUCCGAUUCCAUUCUGAGGAAGUCCAUACCAGAAUGGGUGGUAUUCCAGGAGUUAUAUGAAACUGGAGCCGAAGAGAGAAGGAAGAUGGUGAUGAGGAAUGUGACUGCUAUAGAACCAGAAUGGUUGCCUUUAUUGGUGCCUCAAUUGUGUAAUUUGGGUGAACCACUAGAUGAUCCACCUCCAAGAUACGAUGAGAAGUCAGGACGAGUGAAAUGUCAUUUCAAAGGUACUUUUGGGAAAGCUGGUUGGGAGCUACCGACUGCUGAAGUGGACUUCCCAGAGAAAACGGAGAGAUACAGAUGGUUCGCCCGUUUCCUGCUAGAGGGCGCUGUAUUCCCUAAACUAAAGAAGUAUACAAGUUCUCUACUAUCGCCACCUUCAACCAUGGUGAAGACUUGGGCGAAGUUGCAGCCCAGAACCGAAGUGCUUCUGAAGGCGUUGAUUGCGAAGCGCGCGGGUACCCGAGACGCUAUGCGAAGCGUUUGGGAGGAGAAUGGUUCUUUCCUUCUCGACGAGUAUCUAAAGUGGGUGCCGGAAUCCGCUCACAACGAAGUCAGCUUGUACUGGCCGCCUCUGAAAUAGUCCUGUGUUAAAUAUAUUCCUGUAAUCUUGUAAAUAUUGUAAAUAUAACGUUAUUGGAAAU